UUGAAUCCGUGGCGAACCGCUAUCGAUACUAGGCCGGUGCAGUCUCAGCAGGAGUGGGACCCUGAGGCUUGAGAAACAGGCUUUUCUUUGGUCCGGGACUCCCCGGCGUUCAGCGCUUCCCCCCCAUAACCGGACACCAAUUAUUCGGACUCUUUGCCUCAGACCCAGGAAUCAUAGAUGCCAGGAAGUAUGGCCCCCCUCAAGAAGCCUCGAAAUACCACAGAGUUGCCCCUGGCUUUAAACCCCCUGAAGAGCAAGGACGUGUUGGCAGUGCUGGCUGAGAGGAACCAGGCUAUAGUACCCGUUGGGGCAUGGGUGGAGCCUGCCCCGCCGGAUAGUUCAGCAGUCCCGGCAUCUACUUCAGCAUAUUUGAUUGAAGAAGAGCUAAAGGAACAGCUAAGAAAGAAACAAGAAGCUCUGAAGCGUUUUCAGAGACAAGUCAAACGCCGAGUAAAUCAGCAAAUUAGGCUGAGAAAAAAGCAACAACUUCAGAGGUCUUAUGAAGCCGCAGAAAAAGAAGGCUCUAUAGCCAUGCACUCUUCCGAUCCAGCAUACUUAACUCUUAAAAGAACGAGUGUUUUUCCAAACCAUUUGAAUGCUGCUAUUGGAAGUGCUAGGUUACCUCCUUCCCAGAAGCUUGAGGAUGGAAUAGAAAAUAGAGAGAAUCAGAAUGAACUAUUCCAACAACAAGCCCAGGCUCUUAGUCAAACCAUGAAAGAAGCACGUCAACGGCUGGCAUCAUUUAAGACUGUGAAUAAAAAAAAUGCAUCGGUGUUUCCAGAUGAUCGAAAGAAAAACUUUCCCACCCAAGAGGAACCUGACACUGAGCAAUCUUCAUCUAUUAUGAUAGAUAAGAAAGGGAAAAAGAAUUUGUCUUGGGGGGACCAGCAGGAUCUUCUUUUUGAAGACAAGGAUAUACCUUUCAGCACAGUUCAGAAAGUACAAUUCAAAAAUCCAUUAUUUGCUGUGAUGGAAGAGGAAGAGGUAAAGCAGUUACAUCAGGAUGUUCUGCCAGAAGCCCAGGAUUAUCUUCCGGAAGCCCAAGGUGACCUGCUGCAAACCCAGGGUGAUGUGACAGGUGUCUGCAGUGUUGAGCUGGAAGCCCAGAGCGUUGAGCUGAGGCUCGGUGCCCAGGAUAUCGAGCUGGAAGGCCGAGCUGUUGAGCCCAAAGCCCAGGCUGUUAAGACCAAAACUCAGAGUGUUACGCUGAAAGAUCAGAGUGUUGAACUAGAAGAUGGGAAUAUUGUUUUGGAAGGCCAAGCUGUUGAGCCCAAAGCCCAGGCUGUUAAGACCAAAACUCAGAGUGUUACGCUGAAAGAUCAGAGUGUUGAACUAGAAGAUGGGAAUAUUGUUUUGGAAGGCCAAGCUGUUGAGCCCAAAGCCCAGGCUGUUAAGACCAAAACUCAGAGUGUUACGCUGAAAGAUCAGAAUGUUGAACUAGAAGAUGGGAAUAUUGUUUUGGAAGUCCAAGAUUUUCUACUCCAAAACCAGGCUUUUCUACCCACAGACCAGCAUAUUCUUCCCAAAGAUCAGAAUGUUCUACCCAAAUGUCAGGACCAGGAUUUUCUACCCACAGACCAGCAUGUUCUUCCCAAAGACCAGAAUGUUCAACCCAAAUGCCAGGACCAGGAUUUUCUACCCAGAGAUCAGAAAGCAAAUUUGAAGCCGCCAGCAUCAAUUUUGAUAGGUAGGAGUGGGGGAGAGUUGUUUCCUCUGGAUGUCCAUCAGGAUCUUCUACACAGGCAUCAAGAUCAGGCCUUCAUCAACAGCAAGAAGGUAUGCUUCAAGGAGUCAUAUUGUGAUAUGACAAAUGAGAAAGGGAGAGAAGACUUUCCUCUGGCAGGUUAUCAGUAUCUGCCUCCUAAACUUCAGGACCAGGCCUUCAUCAGAGAUCAGAACAAGUGUAUCAAACAGCCCUCAUCUUUUGAGAAAUGGGAGAUUGAAAGAGGAGUUGCUUCUGGAGUGCCAUCGCACAGGAACUAUGGGCAGGCCUCACAUAAUAUGACAGAUGAGAGAUGGAGAAUGGAGUUAUUUCUGGAGCAUCAUGAAUAUGUUUUACAUGAAAUCCAGGAUCCAGGCUCCACCAGAGAGCAGAGCUUACGCUCCAUACAGCAACCGUCUGUUGGAACAGCUGAAAGACAGCGAGCAGGUUUGCUUCCGGCCGGCCAUCAACAUCUUCCACCCAAGCACCAGAGAGAGGCUUCCAGCAGCAGACAGGUUGGUGGUGAAUAUCAAUCAGGACUGAACACUGAAUUCCAAACUCCACUGGCACUUCAGUCAGGAGUAAGUCAAGAGGAAGACAAGAAAGAGCGUCAAAAGCAGUACCUGAGAUAUAGACGACUCUUCAUGGAUAUUGAAAGAGAACAAGUGAAAGAACAGCAAAGGCAAAAAGAACAAAGGAAGAAAAUUGAAAAAAUUAAGAAAAAGAAAGAGCAGCAACGUUAUGCUGAAGAGCAGAGGAUAUUAAGAAUGAACUUUCGUGAAGAGCCAUAUUCAGGGGAGAAGAUGAGUGAGAUACUAGCCCAGCUACAACUUGAGGAAGUAAAAGGAGCCAGAGAAAAACAACAGAAAGAAAAGGAAUACCAAAGAUAUGUAGAAGCUUUAAAAGCCCAGAUCCAGGAGAAAAUGCAGCUGUAUAAUAUUACUUUACCUCCACUAUGCUGCUGUGGUCCUGAUUUUUGGGAUGCUCAUCCUGAUACCUGUGCCAACAAUUGUAUUUUCUAUAAAAACCACAAAGCAUAUACCCGGGCACUACAUUCAGUCAUCAAUUCCUGUGAUAUCCCUGAAGGGAACUCAACUCUUCGAGUCGCCAUUCAUAAUUUUGCUUCUGCACACAGACGGACUUUGAAAAAUCUGUAAUAAGAAUCUGAAAUCAACUGUUAGUAUUUCAACCUUCACUUAAAGUCAACCCUGAGAGAUUAUUUAUGAAAAGAUGUUAAAGUUUAUAAGAUGUGUAAUCUGAAAAGAAAGACUGUCCCACAUAAUAACAGCUAUCACUAUAAUUAGAUCAUGACCAUUGUUUCACUCUGCUUGGCACCAAGAUUGAAAGUUGGCUUCCAAACUUGUCUCUUUGCUGUAAACCACAUGGAGCAUGUUGCUUUAAAAAUGAUCAGUCAGACUGGUAAGGUUUCUCUCACUUUGCUCUGCUCUGAUUAGAAGAGAUUAUUAGAAAUCUUUGUGAUUAUCUCAUUUAUUGUCUUUCUGUAUCUGUACUUUGAGUCUUCUAUAUCUGUACUUUGAGUCUAUAUCUGUACUUUGAGUCUUGACAAAAUUGAAAAUGUCUGGAUGAAGCAGAAGAGAAGAUGAUAAAAUGAGUUUCUGAGCCUCAGUGGCCAUCUGUUUUGCUGUUAACUUUUCUAGUUGUGUAUAACAAUUAGAGAUGAGAACAAUCUGAAUUUGAUGUAUGUUUUUUUUUUCUCAAAAAUUUUUCUCUCCUGUUUUUUAAUUUAUUCCCUCUUUCCCCAUUCAGUGACAAUGGACAUAGGACUUUUAAAUUUUAUAAUUUUUAUUGCAAAAAAGAGAAAGGCAAAUAAACUC